GCUGUUAGACGCCGCUAGUGUGUGAGAAGUCAUGGCGGAGCCGAUGCAGACCGACGAUUUUCCUUACUCACCUUCAGGACUGGCUGAAGUAAAUAAGAUGAUAAAGGAGCAUGGCAACCUGUUUUCUGACACCCAGUGCAAAGUGUGCAACGCUGUCCUAAAUUCUGAAUCUCAGAAGUUGACUCAUUAUCAGAGCAAGAAACAUGGCAACAGGGUGCGGCGCCAUUUUUCCCUUAAGAAUGAAAAGGAGGAGACUGUGAAGAAAGUGAAGACAUCUGACAAUGAGGAUUGUGGCAAUGGAGUCACGGACCGAAUGAAGGCGUGUCCACUUUGUAAUAUGACCUUCACAUCUCCAGUAAUGGCCGAGUCUCAUUAUCAGGGCAAAUUGCAUGCCAGGAAGCUCAAAAUGAAAACGGCUGAAAAGCAAACUCCAGUCGAAGCGCCUCAGACAGCAAAGGCGAAGGAGAAACCUGUUGCCGUCUCCAGUGGCGUUACUGACACGGACAACAACGACCCAGACCGCUACUGCUCCACCUGCAAGGCCUCCUUCAACAACCCGCUCAUGGCCCAGCAGCACUACGAGGGCAAGAAGCAUAAAAAACGAAUGUCUCAACUUAAACUGUUCGAGACGUACGGGCCCUCCACUGCACCAGUUUCAACACAAAAUGGUUACUCGUGCACCAUCUGCAACAUUGUGCUGAACUCUGUGGAACAGUACCAGUCUCACAUCACUGGUGCCAAGCAUAAGAACCAAAUGAAGAAAUCCGGUCUGAAUCCUGAAGAGGACCAACUUCCAGCAGAACAAUCACAGGAUGACAACAACCAGUGCGCUUCAGCAGAUGACCAGCUCGCAGCCGGGGAGGACGAGUUCGCAGCCGGGGAGGACGAGUUCGCAGCAGGGGAGGACGAGUUCGCACCAGGGGACGGCCAGUAUGAUGCUGAAGAUGGCCGGUAUGCAGCCAAUGACCAGUACACCAAUGAGUGCACAGAGUUCUCAGAGCAGUUCCAGUAUGCUUAAAGCUGGACCACCAUGGACUGCAGAGGCUUCAGUCAGGAUUUGAACCGACACUCUACGUCCCCACGUCCCCCCCCCUCCCUUUAACACAUUAACAAACCAUCAGCACCCUCAUCAACGUUUAGCUUCUUUAGGUGUCUGCAGUGCGACAGUCGUAAAAACCUGUUUGGACCUUGAAUUUCCUCGUUUUCAUAUUUUAAGUUUUAAGCUGAAACUGUCCUUAGGGUGCGUUUCAUUUUCUUCUGGUAAAAUUAAUAUUUUCAUGUGUAAAAUAUUCAUUCCCUUCAGCGUGUGAUGAAGUAGUGAUGCAGCGGCGUGCUCAGAGGAAUGCCUGUUUGGCUUUUAUUCUGUUACAAAUCCACAACAUGAUCGAGUUGCAUUGGCGCUGGAUAUUGUCAAAUUUGACUGCAAUACGGCUUAAACAUCUUUCUUUUGCGCGGCCUCACAAAUUCUAGGAAAAGCCAAAGUUGUGUUUAUCUCAUAAUUACCAGGCCUAGACAAAAAAAAAAAUAAAUAAAUCUCUUCCCACUUCGUAUUCAGCUCUUCUUGCUGCAGUUGCUUCAGCUCAAACACACAAACUCCAAAUGCUGUUUUGGCCAGAGCAGAACGUGCAGGGAGCAGCUCACGUGGCCGAAGCAGCCUGAGCGGCGGGUCACACAGAACUGUGGCGACUUUGACCAAAUUUAAAGAAAAGCGUUCGUGACAUUUUGGGCUUGAUGACCAGCGCUGGUGUAAAUCUGUAUUCACUAAACUUUAAUUCCAACAUGAGCACAGGAAGGGUCGCAGGACUCGGAGAACAAAAACAUUUAUAAUAAUCUGCUAGGAGUGGAGGAGGGGCGGAUUAUUUUUAUUGUUCAUUUUUUACACGUUUUGACCACGCAGAGCCUCGUGUAAGCAGUCAACACAAAGCAAAGCUGGCAUGUUGGUUUUCGCUCCGUUAGCAGAACGUAUUUAUUGAAGACUCCUCUGAUCUGCUUCUAGUGGGAACUCGCUGGGCUGUGGCUGCGGGGCGCUAGUUCACGACGCAAACAUGCAAACAAAACAGGAUAUUUAGUUGCAGUCACUGAAUUCUGGGUGUUUGCGGCCACGUUUUGUGUUGCCGGUAUUGAAAACGUUUUAUUGUGCACGGCUUGCACUGUAUCCUGCGCCACCAUGGCUCGUUCUGUGCUAAAGCUCGACUUGAGUUUUAUAAAUCUGGGCAGCCUGUGCACCGAAUGUUCACUUUUUUAAAAUUUCACAUCAGUUUGUAUUUUCCAUUUAACUAAAAUAAAGCAAUAGCUUAAAUUCAACAUGUAUUUAACAACUUGUAAAAGAACUUUGGUCAGUCAGAUUAAUGGUGCAUUAAAGUUAGCUGCUGCUACGGCCGCAUGAUGUCAGAAAACUUCAUAUCGAUUGUGAUGAACCAGUACUUUCCUGACCUCUCAACUUCUCUCCUGUACGAUGGAGUUUUAGGGCCACGCUAAGAAAAAACAAUUAAAAGACAUAAAAUUACGGGAAUAAAGUCGAAUAAAGUCUUAAAAUUACAAGAAUAAAGUCGUACGCGAUUUUUUUGCCGUUCUCGAGUCGCAUCCACGACGCGACCUGUCAGUCAAUCCAGUAGGCGUGUCAGCAAAUGACCAAUCCGAAGCUAAACGAGUCGUAAUAUCCGACACGACAAAGCACCUUUACUGCAUUUUAACUGAUAAAAUGAAAAAUGUUGAGCAUCUUGUUAAGUUAUACUUUGGUGUUGGUUUUACAAAUGAGAUGGUUAAUCUGGAGCACAUCAGCAUCAGAUUAUUAUCCGUAUCAGGACUUUGAACCUGCUUCCAGUAAGGUGG